AUGAGAUCGGUGUGCACUCCCGAUGACGAUAGACGACGUCUUCUUAUUCGAAUUGACUUGAUUCGAUUUGUAGGCGUGACCGAACACUUUGGGGUGCCGAUUGAAGACGUCGACAUGGUCAUGGGAUCGCUCGAGAACGCCCUCGCCUCGACCGGCGGUUUUUGUGUCGGCAGAAGCUACGUCGUCGGCCAUCAGAGGCUUUCCGGUACCGCGGAUUUUCAGGAAAAAUGUGAAAUUUGUUGUUUCCGGCCUUGGAUACUGCUUCUCGGCCUCGUUGCCGCCGCUGCUCGCCACGGCGGCCAGCGAAGGCUUGAAGAUUAUUGAGGAGGACCCGGGAAGAGUUCAGAGGGUCCAGAAGAUCGCUGUCGAGGCGCAUCAGAGGAUUCAGGAGGCGUUGGAGGUGAGGAAAAAUCUUGGGGAGGUCUAAAAAGGGUUCAAAAUCGUACGGUUGAUCUUAUGAAAGCGUCAAGUGCUGACAGUGACGAGAGGGGGGGGUCAUUUUCCUUUUCGGUUGGGAUUUUCCUGAAAGUUGGCCAGAACACUUCUUGAUGUACCAGAUGAAGAUCCUGAAAGUCUCAACCUUCACAACUUCCUAGUUUUUGAGAAAUAAGGGCUCAAAGUCUCAAAAAGCCCAUUUUCUUGGAUUUUUUUUGACUCUUCUCAAAAACGAGAAAGUUUUGCAGGCUGAAACUUUCAGGAUAGUUUCGUGGUACAUCAAGAAGUGUUCUGGCCAAUUUUCAGGAAAAAGAAAAAAGUUUGGAACCUUCAGAUUGAACUUAUUGAUUUUACAAGCACUUCUGAAUACAGACUCGAAAAAUACCGUAAAAUACAAGGGUCGUAGAAUACGGAAAACUUGACCCUAUGCGGUUUUCAGAAAGUCAAGGACGAGUUCAAAGAUUUUUGGGAAUCGAAAAAAAAAAUUUUCAAGCUUGGGGGAGAUCACCAGAAGCCUGUUAGACUUGCUGUCCCAGUUUCAGGCCUUUUUAGAUAUCAUUUUCUAAUUUUUUUGAGCUUGAACUGUAGCAGAACUAUUCAAAAAUGUACCUCUUGAAGGACUCGAAGUUCUACGUCGAAGGUGAGCCGCUGAGUCCGAUGAAGCACAUCUACUACGACGGGACCGACGAGGAGGCGGCGCCCAAACUCGACCUGCUAGUCGACGAGGUGAGUCCGGAAAUGAAGCGUCCAUUUUCGAGAGUAUUUCAAGAAUUGAGUUCAUUUCAGCUGUUCGAAAAGUUCAAGAUUGUGAUUACGCGAGCCAGAUACCUGGAGAAGGACGAGUUGUUCCCCUUGAAGCCGAGGUAUUUCAUCACUUUCAGCGUCUUAGGAGCCGCAAAGGAGUCCCUAUAGGGGGUAGGGGGAGAUGAUCCUAUAGGGGUAAAACUUAAGUGGUCCCUAUAGGGAUUUAGGGUCACAAAAGAUGCAAAGGUCGAGAUAUUGGAAUUCGAUAAAACUUUGAACAGAGAUUCCAAGGAAAUUGAAAUAAAAGGGCCAGUUUUUGUAAGUCCCUGAAGCUCAAGUGGUCCCUAUAGAGAUUUACGGUCUGACCCCCAAGACCCUAGAGCUCAAGUGGUCACUAAAGGGAUCUUGCAACUUUUGUUCAGUUUUGAAAAUCAAUUCUGUUUUUCAAUCAAAUUAAUUCAUUGAUUUUUCGGAAAUGAUUCUUCUCAUGAAGUUUAUAACGUGUCCCCUAUAGGGACCACUUUUGCAAGCUUUAAUGGCCCCUAUAGGGGGAGCUAAAGAGGUCUCUAGAGGGGAACUUUCAAGGGCCUCUAUAGGGACUACUCUGGAGUUCCUAAGCUUGUUUAAACUGUAGUGGUCACUUUGGUGAAUUAUUGAGGCGUGUGCUCUGCUUAAGCGGUCGCUUGGGUUUUUUAAAAAGGGAAAACAAAAGAAAGAAGUUAAAUUAUAGAAGCUUUUCAGAGCCUAUAAGAGUAUAUGCGGCCAUAUUUCAUUUCUAUUUUCAUUUAUUUCUAUUAAAAAAAGGUAAGAGGAAGUAGUCUUCAUAAAGCUAGAGAAACUUUAAAAAAUUUCAUGCUGGAAUCGAUUAUUUUUAUUCUGGUUACCGCAACGCGACCGCGUCGCUUGUUUAGCCAUUCUUAAGUGCGACCGUUUUAAAUGGAAUUUUAUCAUUUCCAGCGCUCGGCUGAUGUUCCAAACUGCACUGACCGACGAGGAAAUCGACCACGUCGUUGAAUCUUUCCGCCAAGCCGCCCAUUCUAUUUAA